CAACAUUGCCUGGGAUGCUCUGAAUGUAGCAGCUUCAAUGUCACGUUUUGUUAUGUGUAACUAUUAGCUUGAGAUUUGACAUUCAUUUUGUUUUAUAACGAAAGGAAAUAUGAAUAAGUUAAAUGGUGUAUUACUUAACUCUGUGAGUCUGGUGUGCCGACAGCUUGCUGCUUCCUUAAAUGCAAACGGAAGUACACGAUGGGGUAUGUUGCAGCGAUCGUUUUGUAGCAGUGCUGUCAGAUUUCAGGAAAAUGCAGCAUCUCCCCCAGAUUCCAGAGACUUCAGCCAUUUUCCACCGCUGCCUGGUCAGGAUAGUCCGCUGAGGUGGGGUGGAAAAAAGUUUGAGGAGUUACCUAUUGUUCACAUAAAGGCCACAUACAACAACACACACAUCCAGCUGACAGACAAUGAAGGACAACCUAUGGUCAGAACGUCCUGUGGAACAGAGGGCUUUAAGAACUCCAAGAGGUCAACACCUAUUGCUGCUCAGGUUGCAGCCAUCUCUGCAGCUACAAAAGCCAUGGCAAAGGGAGUGACAUAUGUUCGUGUCCUGGUCAAAGGUAUUGGUCCCGGACGUCUGUCAGCGAUCAAAGGCUUGACAAUGGGAGGCCUGGAGGUGGUAUCGAUCACUGACAACACCCCCGUGCCACAUAAUGGAUGCCGCCCACGUAAAGCCAGGAGGUUGUGAUCUCUAUAUACCCAAAUGAUGUGCAACAGGAGGAAACUGUAGUGUACUAAUAAAGUGUUUUCAUGUGUGA